CUCUCUCUCUCUCUCUCUCUCUCUCUGUCCCCCCAUUUCUUCCGCCUCUCUCCCCUCUUCUCUCUCUAAUUCUAAUGGCGGAAUCCAUAGAGAAAAAUGAGCAGCCUAGUAAAAGUAAAAUCCCUCCAAAAUACGAUCUGAACGCGAAAUUAGAUGCCUGCGUCGAUCUCGCCGUCCGUAGAACCGCCUACGCCUCCCUCGCCGGCGCCUUCACCGGCCUCCUCCUCUUCCGAAGCCCAGUGAGUCGAUGGGCAUCUGUAGCCUUUGGUGCUGGGGUGGGUAUUGGAUCAGCCUAUAUUGAAAGUUCAUAUAUGUUUGGUGGAUCUCCUCCAAAAUGGUCAGCUCCAAAAGCUCCUGUUGCCCCUCCAAUUCAUGUGGAAGUUACAUCGGAGGAGACCGGUUAGGCAGCUAACGGAUCUUCUGGACGAAGAAAUCUGCUCGGAAUCUUAAGUUAAAUUGCUCUAUUCUACCUGCAAGCUUAUGUUUUGACGGUUAAAAUUCAUUUUCCUUUCUCACAUAUGUGGGUUGUUGUUAAGCCCCAAAUAUCAAAAUGUUACAAAAUAUGUUCAUCUUUAACUUUGAAUGCAAUCUUGUAGUUCAAACUAUGAAGCCUUGUUCUUUUCAACAGUACUACUGAGUUUUCAUCCACUGAGACUUUACAUUGAGAAAUUACUAUAAGACGUUACUA